AUGGCCUCAGCCAGUAGCUUCCAGUCUGAAGGACAGCUUGUGUGUUCAGUCUGCCAAGAUGUAGCCACUGAACCUGUGGACUGCAAAACCUGUCUCAUCCGGUAUGUGUACAACAGUGGCCUGAUUCAGUGUCCUCUCUGUCACAACCCACUUGACAUACAACUGGACAGCACCGGCUUUAGAGAUAUUUUGGAGCAUUCUGGCAACAUGAGUGUAAGAGAUGGCGGUGGGAUACCUGCCAAACCGGGUGAGGUUUCUUGCAACAUCUGUCUUCCACCUAAGCCCAAGGCCAUGAAGACAUGCUUGGUGUGUUUGUCCUCUUACUGCCAGCUUCACCUGCAGCCACAUCAAAAAGGUGCCUCCUUAAAGAAGCACAUGCUCAUCGAUCCUGUGGCAAACCUGGAGGAUAAAGUGUGCAAAAAGCAUAACAACAUGUUCGAGUUCUUCUGUCGGCACGACCAGGUGUGUGUCUGUUUCAUGUGCAUAAAUGAAGACCAUGUGACACAUGAAACCGUCCCUUUAAAGGACGAAAUCAAUGAGAGGAAAGUCCAGUUGGAGACAAAAAUCUCUGAGGCAAAAGAGAUGCAAAAAGACACAUCCUGCAGUAUGAAGAACCUCAAGUGUUCUGUUGAAGAGAGCACGAAACAGACGGAGAAGGAGAUAGGAGACAUCACUGAGGCGUUUGCUUCUCUGGUGGAAUGCCGCCAAAGAAAACAGGCCGAGCUGAUUCAAUCGAUCCAAGAGAAGCAGAACGAAGCAGAGAAAGAGGCUGAAGAUCUCAUCAAAGAGCUGGAGAAGGAAAUUACUGCAAUCAAGAGGAGAAGAUACCAGAUGGAGAAUCUCCUGCAUACCGGCGACGACUUCGACAUCCUGCAGUGGGAGUCCACCAUCAGCCAGAUCGACUCCACCCCUCUGUUGUCCAAAGUUAAAGGAUAUCAGGUUUAUGUGUGCACGGGGAAGGUGAAGAACGCAGUGGCUCAGAUGAAAAAUUCCAUCAGUUAUGAAUUGGAGAAGCUCACUGAAGAGGUGAAGAGUGGCGGCGGCCUUGAGGCUGCCGAAUCGACUGUCAACAACAUGCAGCUUUGGAAUCCACCUCUGGACAAGCUGAUGAUGAUCCAGCAGUAUGAUGAGGUGGAUGUGACUCUGGACACAUACACAGCAAAUUCUAACUUAAUAGUGUCUCGGGACAGGAAAGAAGUGUCUUUUAGUCAAAGCACACAGUGGGUGCUUCCGUAUAACACAAGAUUUCUAUAUGCACCCCUCGUCAUGGGGAAAGAAGGCUUUUCCUCUGGUAGGUUCUACUUCGAAGUUCGGAUCAAUGAAGCCACAUCUUGGACUGUGGGAAUUGUCAGAGAGUCUUUUAGUAGAGACAUAGGUUAUACUGUAUUACCCUCCCCUGAGAGUGGAGGCUGGGCAAUGUCAUACAGUCUACUCAGGGACGAAUAUACAUUUGGUAAUGGACAUGUCCUAUAUCUGAGACACAAGCCCCAGAAGAUCGGUGUGUUUGUCGACUAUAAGAAGGCCGAGGUCUCCUUCUAUGAUGUUGAUGCCAGGGCAAUCAUGCAUUCUUUCACAGAUUGCACCUUCUUAGAGCCCAUGCCAGCACUAAAGUCACUCUUCUAUUCUUUCACUGGCAUGUCCUCAAGUAACAGAGUGAAGCUCCACCCUGUUUUUGGCAUCUUUCAAGGUGAGGGUUCACUCACAAUCACUCCUGUAAGCCAGGAAAGUAUUGAGCACAGGCAUAGCUAGGGGCACGAAAUAGAGGUGGGC